CUCUCUCGACCCUAAUGCGAGCUCUCAUUACAUUUCUCGGUGUCCUGAAACCCGCUUGCUCACGCUAAACCUCGCUAAACUUGAUAUAAACCAAUACGCUCCGUGAAGUCUGUUCCUGUCUGUUCCAAUUCUAGCUUAUCAUCCUUCUCUGCAAUAUGGUUUUCACUCGUUAUCUCGACGGUGGAUGCUUCACAUGGCUCACGCAGGAAUGCCGCCGACAGCUACUUACAAGACCAUAGUUCUCGCCGUGUGCUGCACGCAGAGGGCACUCUUCAAGAAGCUGUUUGAAACCCACUUGUCUCAGCCAUGGAGCAUGACGCGAACCUACUGGCGUACUAUAGAAGGCGUAUCCUUCAGGAUCAUAUCCGUUCCACGAGAUCUAGACUAUCCGGCAACGCGCACAGGCCAACGCUCGCUUUCCAACCCCACUUAAGCACAAACGAGAAAGUUGGUAUCCUGGGGGCAGGUAUAGGCGGCCUAUACAGUGCUCUCAUCCUGGACUCUCUGGACAUCAAGUAUGAGAUAUUGGAGGCAUCCGAGCGAACUGGUGGGCGGCUCUCCACGUUUAGGUUCAAGGGCGGUGGCGAAUAUGAUUAUUUUGAUGUAGGCGCGAUGCGCUUCCCUAUGCCAAAGAAGAAAGUCACAGGCGAAUACGAGGACGGGCUUAUGAAACGUUUCGGAGAGCUUACUCAGUAUAAGAAACUUAAUCAAGGUCCCAAACCGCCCCUCGCGUCCAAGCUCAUCCCUUUCCACUUCACCACGGCAGAUGGCUCGAGCCCAGGAUACCUCUACGUCAACGGAAGACGUCUCAGCUUGAACGACACCAACCCCGAUGUCGGUGCACACGAGUUCGGGGUAGACCCUCGAUAUAUUGCAGUCGGAGUCAGCGCAAUCAUGCGCGACGUUCUUCAACCAUUUGUGGACAAGUUAUUGGAGGAUCAGAAGAACGGAACGGACGCGGGCUGGGAGAUGCUUGAAGCUCAUGAUGACUACUCAAUGCGCGCAUACAUGUCAUUCGUGUAUGUACCCAGCGUCCAUCUCCAUCUUCCCGCCACACAUUUGCCCACAAAUGUCAUCGACUGGUGCGAACUUGUUGAUGGCGGGAGCACCGGUCGGUACAACAGGGCGUUGUCAGAGGCCGUCAUUGGAGCUAUGUCGUUUGGCAAAUCAGGCGACGCUAACAUUGAGUGGAAAUGUUUCGACGGAGGAUCUCAGACAUUGACUGAGUACAUAGAAGAUUACAUCCGGAGCACGGUCUCGAACGAGGAGCUUGUUCUCUUUGGAAAGAGAGUCACCGCUGUCAGGUCUGUGGACACUAUUGGUGGUUCCCAACAUGUCUAUAGGCAUGUUGUCUCCACCCUCCCUCUCCCCGUCCUUUGCACCAUCGACAUGAGCGAGGCAAAGAUCACCGGCCCUCAGCGCAUGGCUCUGCGCCAACUAGAGUGCGGCACGGCCGUCAAAGUCGGCGUCCUCUUCGCGGAUGCGUGGUGGCACACGAAGCUCGGCAUCACUGGCGGCCAAUCUUUGACCGACCUCCCAAUCCGCAAGAUCGUCUACCCGUCCCAUGGCGCUCAGAGCGGGACACCGUCGAGGGUCCUUAUAGCCAGCUACCCAUGGAACUACGAUGCCGAACGUCUUGGCGCGCUUAUCUGCAAUUGCGAGUGGCAGCGUGAUAGCAGCGGGAGGGAGUGCUGUCAAUCUAGGGUCGCUCUGAAGGAGCUAAUUCUGCGGAAUCUGGCUGAGGUACACGGGGGCGAGAUCACGUAUGAGUUUCUGCUAUCGCAGUACAAGGACAUGCAUGCUUUCAACUGGAGCCAUAACCCCUAUGCGAUGGGCGGAUUUGCUUCGUUUUCCCCAGGAAAUUUCAAGACACUAUAUACUUCUCUGACUACCCCCGCCGCGGACGGUUGUUUCCACUUUGCGGGUGAAGCCAUCAGCACCCAUCACGCCUGGACAGUGGGUGCGUUGCACAGCGCAUGGCGCGCAGUCUAUGAAUACCUCUGCACGUCCGGUCAGCUGGACAAAAUUGAGCGCUUCAAGGAGAUAUGGGGAGAGAACGAAGAAUGGACGCAGAGCUCAGAGUCUCCGGACACGUCGUCCCACCUUGAUGACAAGGACUGGAUGAUGGUCGACGUGGCUGAGGGUGGAGCUGAAGUUUAUGUCGAGCCAGCUGGGAUACGCUCCAUCGAGCACGAUUUGCUGAUGCAGCAUCUGUUAAGCGUAUGAAGGGUCAGUGCAUAGACACGCCUCUGAAUAGAGAUGUUGGUUCAGGCGACUUCGAGGUCGUUCACCCUCCUCCCUUGGCAGGGACUCAGACACGGGCUAGCAAAGAGUGGGCCAGGGCACCAAUUUUCCCGGUUCUCUACGACAAGUGUUUUUCUUUGCGCUUGAAGUUGACUUGUAGUCCUUUCGGCCCAGAACACCUACAACAGACUUCGCCGAGCUAUACAUACCCAUCAUAAUCUC